AUGUCUGAUACAGAAAUCGAAAAUCAACCUAUUGAAAACGAAGUUGAGGUUUCCACCUCAGUUUCUAUUGAGGACGCACUUAAAGUCGUCCUCAGAAAUUCAUUAGUCCAUGAUGGUCUUGCAAGAGGCCUUAGAGAAGCAUCUAAGGCCUUAUCCCAAGGACAAGCACAGUUAUGUGUUUUGUGUGAUUCAGUUACCGAAGAUUCAAUUAUUAAAUUAAUUGAAGCUUUAUGUAACGAACCAGAAGAAAAAAUUCCACUUAUUAAAGUUUCAGAUGCUAAACAAUUAGGUGAAUGGGCUGGUUUAUGUAAAUUAGAUCAAGAAGGUAAUGCUAGAAAAGUUGUUGGUGCUUCUUGUGUUGUUGUUAAAAAUUGGGGUUCAGAUUCUGAUGAAAGAAAUAUCUUAUUAGAAUCAUUUUCAGCUUAG